GAGGAACAUGUCGCCACUGGUGAGGGCGAGGGAUGUUCACGUGCCUCGUUAAAAAGGGCUUCUGCCAUGCUUGGCACAGGAGGGGUGGGGUUAACCACUCUUCUUGCGGAAUCGCCAUCAAGAGAUUUCGGAAGCAUAAUUUUUUAACCCAGGGGCUGCUAGUGAUCUCUCGUCCUGGCGCCCCAUCUCCUGCUGUGAAAGAAAACAUCAAAAUGGUCUAAAUGACUGCAGCAUAUGAACAAACUCCUGGAUAGCUGUUGUAUGAAAGCAGCCCCCCUCUGUAGUCUUCUCUGAGUGUGAUGGCGACCACCGACGAGGUCACGGUGUCCAUGGGGGAGGUGGUAAUGGUGAAAGCUGACGGUGAAGGAGACGCUGAUGACCCUAAUAAGACUCAGGUCAUCCUCCAGCUCCAGCCAAUAACCCCUGGAGAUGAAUCUGCUGAAACAGAUGCAGCUGUCAUGGCUGUUGAAGCACAUCCAGAACAAACAGACGGAGAUGACGUUGAAAUUGGCUGUCCCAUAACUUGCGGCGACUGUAAAGCUGUGUUGCUAGUGAAGAAAUUCGUGUGCCCAGGAAUCAAUGUAAAAUGUGUGAAGUACGAAGACCAGCUGAUCAGCCCGAAGCAGUUUGUGCACAUUUCUGGAAAAGCCACUCUGAAAGACUGGAAGAGAGCCAUCAGGAUGGGUGGAGUCAUGCUAAGAAAAAUGAUGGAUUCAGGUCAGCUCGACUUCUACCAGCACAGCACACUGUGCACCAACACAUGUCGCAGCACCAAGUUUGACCUCUUAAUCAACAACACACGGUUCCCUCCAGAUGGCUCUGGGCUUACCACACCCACAUCCUCUCAAGCUCAGGUGGCUCUGGGUAAUGGCGGAACGGCAGGUGAGGACAGAGCCGAGGUUCUGAGCGGGAAGAUGGACUGGAUUUCGAGCUCACUGGAGGCUGUGGACAAGAAGGAAUUGAAUGAGAUCUCAGAGGACACACUGAACUUCUGGAAGGGCAUCGCUGAUGUAGGUUUGCUGGGCGAAGUGGUGACCAACAUCAGCACAGAGCUGCUGGAGCUGCUGAACGGCGUGCAGCAGCGCAGGGAGCCAGCAGCCUUACAGGACACAGAUUCCUGUCUGGUAGAGGUGGCGGUGCUCAGUAACCUCGCCCAAGUGUUCGGCCUGCUCGACUCGGUCAAGAAGACGGUGGAGAGGAGGAGGCAGCAGACAGAUCCCAGCCAGGAGCAAAUCCUCAGCACACUCAACAACCUGGAGGUUCAGUUGGAAGAACACAGGAAGCAGCAGCAGGUUCGAGCUCUCUUUUCCUGCCCGCAGCCUGCCAAAAACAAAACUCCCACCAAGCGCCAGACCAAGCGGCCUCGUCUCCAGAGGCCCGCCUCCACCACCACCCUCCUGACCUCCCCCAUCAACCAGCAGGCCACCCUGCAGCCCCAGCAGUUCACUGUUCUUUCCCCCAUCUCGUUGUCCUCUGUGGGUCAGCCAUUCACGGUGGCAGGCCUGCCCAUCGCCUCCCUGGCCCAAUCCUCCAACACAGUUACCCUGCUGCCUGCAGGCUCGCAGGUCUUCACCCGCUACAUGGUGACUGGAGACGGAAAGGCAGACACCAUCACCUUGCACCCGUCCUCUGGCCUCACGCUGGUGGGCACCACCACCAUGCAAGACUCCAGCCAGUUGGGCACGGUGGUGAGCCCCGUAGAGCUGCUGCACCUGAGCCAGCAGGCUGGCGGCACAGAGGUGGUGCCCAUAGAAGGCCAGGUGGUGGACGGCACUAUGGUGGUGCAGCAGGAGGUAAUGCAGGGUGAGGUGGAGGCUGGCCAGGAGCACACGGUCAUCGAGAUCAACCCAGCUCCGAUGGAGCAGGCGGUGGGAGUGAUGGAGCUGCAGCUAACCGGGGAGUCGGGCAGAGAUGGUGCUACCAUGAUGGUCCAGAGCGGGAUGGAGGUGACUAUGGCUGCAGCGGAGGAGGAGACACAGUGCCAAAUGCAGGAGGCACAGACUGAAGGGGUUCAGGGGCUGCAGCUGGAUGCCAGCGGACAGUUGUCAGGUGUACAGAUAGUGGUUAUAGGAGAACAUACUCAGGAAGAAAACAAGGUCAAAUGAGACAAACCUCCUAUUUUAUCCAGCAGAGCAGGUAUGGACUCGUACGAUCACAGACUUGUGAAACUGUAAAUACACAGAAUUUCCAAAUCCACAAAUUGCCUUGGCCUAAGACCAAGCUCUAGGGAGUAGCCAUUUUUCCUUUUUUGGUGUGUGUACAUGCUCCUCUCAACUUGUUGAUUUUUUUAUUGAAACAAAGAGGCAUCACAACAAAGAAUAUACUGUGUGCUUCUGUUUGAUUUGUAUUUAAAGUGUGAUUCCAGUUCAUUACAAUUGUUGGGUCAGAUAUUUGUAGUUUUGGCCAUCAUUUCUGUUGGGAAUAAUAACGCUGUGCCCGUCGAGUUAAAUACUGAGAGGUGAGAAUGUGUCAGUAUCUGAGUCAGUCAGACAGACUUUUAACAAGUCUGCGGGUUAGCAAACCUAAGGGAAGUGAAAACAUCUGUUGUGUGAUCACAGUCUUCCUGUGCAAAGCUGAAUUAUUACCACCAUUUUGGGUGUGCUCACUUUACAGUUACACCUCUAAAUAAAAGGGGCAAAUCAGUUUCAGGCUUCCUAUCCAUACCCACACAUCUGAACCAGGAGGAAACAAUAUGAUUUGGCAAAAAGAGCUGAAUAAUAAAUAUUUAACU